AUGAUUGGCACGGCUGUUAUGGGUUACCUUCUUACCAAGUACCUUACCCUACCUGGUAAAAAUAGAAAACGUUACAGAAGGGCUUAUCAAGUACGUGGUCCAACGUUACAAGAACAAAUUAUGGACCAUGUUGACCAACCUGUUCCACAUGAAUAUUACAUUGUAAAGGAACGCAAACCUCGUUCUACGCAUAUAAAAAGGAGGAAAAAACAGGGCGUUCGUCGUCGUGGUGGCGUACGUUGCCGCAUGAUUAUUGAUAUUCAUUUAGAAGUCUUAGACCAAUGUCAAAAGGAAGACCUGCAUUCGACAAAGGAGGACUUCCUUGCCAUUCUUGUUGAAGAAUUUAUGGGAAGCGAAUUCAUAAAAGGAGAAAAUGUUCCUAAGGAAGAGGUUGCAAGUUCAGAUUGCAGGUUUAGGGAAGGAAGACAUUGUUCGUAA